AUGAAUGCGCAAGACAGGUUCAUGGCCGACAACGAGCGCGAUGCCUCACCCGAGAGAUUUGGUCCCAUUGAACGUCUCGAGUCCCACGAAUCGCCCAUAGCCAAGAGACGCCGCUCUUCUGCGUCAUCCCACUCAGCAGUCAGGUUUCAAGAGAUGGGCAGAAGCAUUUCCAGAGUCGAAACACAAUAUGAGAACGAAGCGGACCUUGAGAGACAUCCUACUGCAUUGAGCAGAAUCCAGACUGGCAGGAGUCAACACAGCGCCACCGUUGGCGCAGGUGGUGCAGAGAGCAGAGGUCUUGGAGUGUUCCGCACGAGGUCUUCGAAGGCCAGCAGGCCUCUGCCUGCCUUUGGUGGUGGCUUCGUUACGUUGACGGCUGCUUUUGGCUCAUCGAUUUUCUCGUCCGCUACUGGUGCUGUUGCCAAUGAAUACGAUGUUUCAAGAGAGGUUGGUAUUCUCGGUAUCUCGCUUUACGUUCUCGGUUUUGCUACUGGCCCUAUAUUCUUCGGCGGUUUCAUGGGUGCUUGUCCGCUUACCGUCGUUGGAGCCGUGUUUGCCGACAUGUUCAACAAUGCCCAAAGAGGUGUCGCCGUCACCGUCUUCAGUAUUGCCGUCUUCUCUGGACCCCUGCUCGCUCCCUUUAUCGGAGGCUUCAUCACGACUUCAUACCUCGGAUGGCGAUGGUGCGAAUACAUUACCGCUAUCAUGGGAUUUACUGGCCUUGCCCUCUUGAUCUUCCUCCUCGAGGAGACAUAUCCGCCUGUCAUCCUGGUCAACAAAGCUGCCGAGCUUAGACGCAGAACCAAGAACUGGGGUAUCCACGCAAAGCAAGAAGAAAUCGAGAUCAACCUUCGCGAGUUGGUCGAGAAAAACUUGGCUCGACCUAUGCGUAUGCUUUUCACAGAACCUAUCGUGCUGCUGUUGUCCAUCUACAUGGUAAGCUUCGUCUUCUGUCUGCUUAAUAUCAGCAGUGCUAACCAACUUAGNGCAUUUGUAUACGGACUGCUAUAUCUCUUCCUGACCUUCUAUCCCAUCGUUUUCCAACAAGUCCACGGAAUGUCUCCUGGUGUCGGUGGAUUGCCAUACUUCGGUAUGAUCAUGGGUGAAGUUUUCGCUGGUCUCUACAUCGUUAUCGACGUCCCAUCGUACAACCGCAAGCUCAAGGCGAACAACAACAUUCCUAUUCCGGAGUGGCGUCUUCCNCCAGUCAUUAUCGGUGGUGUUCUCUUCGGCGUUGGCCUCCUCUGGUUCGGCUGGACUGGUUAUCGUGCAGACAUUCAUUGGAUCGCUCCAACUUUGAGUGGACUUUUUACUGGAUUCGGCAUCAUGUCUAUCUUCCUCCAGUGUCUCAACUACCUCAUCGACAGUUACCUGAUGUUUGCUGCUUCCGCCAUCGCCGCCAACACCUUCCUGCGUUCGCUCUGCGGUGCUGGGUUCCCUCUUUUCGCAACCUACAUGAUUGAGGGUAUGGGCAUUCAGUGGGCAGGCACUCUGCUGGGCUGCUUUGCUUUCUUGCUUGUUCCGCUACCCAUUCUCUUCUACCUGAAGGGUGCUCAGAUCAGAAGCAAGAGUCAAUUCGCGCCUACGUUCCCCAUCGCCAACAAGGCAUCAGCCAACCCAGAUGACGAGCCUGUGUCACCUAGCAGUGGUUCCGAUGCUGCCAAAGACCUCGAAAAACAGGCCUAA